UUGCAGAGCUAGCAACAAGUCUUGAGUUCUCUUCCCGCGCAAAUGGGAGUUUCCUUGAGACUUGGAGCACCCAGAAGAUUCUGAUUUCUUGAUUUUCAGGCAAUUUCCCUGAGAACCGUUUCCCUCCAGAAGAUCGUGGAAUUUGAUCUGAAGGCUGGCCAUGACAUCUCAAGGUCAAAACCUGAAUUCCAGUUCGGAUGAUAACUGUACAAUGGACUUUCGCCAGAAGCUUCUGUUUAUUGAUUCUCACCUGGGGGACCAAGACGUGGAACGCCUGAGGUUUCUCUGCCGAGAUUGCGUCUCCCACAAGAAGCUGGAGAAGUCCAGCUCAGCCUUGGAAAUUUUUGAACAUCUCUUGGCAGAGGAGCUGCUGAGGGAGGAAGACAGCUUCUUCCUGGCGGAACUCCUGUACAUCAUCAAGCAGAAGUCGCUGCUGUGCCACCUCUGCUACACCAAAGAGCAGGUGGAGAGCUUGCUGCCCGCCCGAAGGAGGGUCUCUCUGUUCAGAAACCUGCUCUACGAGCUGUCAGAAGGCAUGGACUCAGACAACUUAAACAGCAUGAUCUUCCUUCUGAAGGAUUCGAUUCCGAAAACCCAGAUGACUUCUCUAAGUCUCCUGGCACACCUGGAGAAACAAGCUCGAAUAGAUGAAGACAAUCUGACGUUGCUGGAGAUGCUCUGCAAAAACGUCGUGCCUAACCUUAUGAGGAAGAUAGAGAAAUACAAAAGAGAGAAAGCCGCCCAGGUGGUGACAGCUCCUGUAGACAAGGAAACUGAGUCAUUGCAUCACGGAGAGGAAGAGCUGUUUUCCCGUUCGGACAUUAAAAAGUUUUCCGGAGCCUUACCGGAGACAUCUCUGUACAGGAUGGAUCGGACACAUAGAGGCCACUGUGUUGUUGUCAACAACCAUACCUUUACUUCACUGGCAGACAGACCAGGAACCGAUAAAGAUGCUGAGUGCCUGAAGAGCGUGUUUCAGUGGCUUGGGUUCAGCGUGCAUAGAUAUGAUAAUGUGACUAAAGAAGGCCUGGAGAAAGUUCUGCAGGAAUAUAGGAAUCAUCCAGGCCAUGCUAGUGGAGACUGCUUCGUGUUCUGUGUUCUGACCCAUGGGAAAUUUGGAGCUGUCUACUCUUCAGACGGGAUCCUCAUUCCCAUUCGGGAGAUCAUGUCUCACUUCACAGCCCAGCGGUGCCCUGCUCUGGCUCACAAACCCAAGCUCUUUUUCAUCCAGGCCUGUCAAGGUGAAGAGGUGCAACCUUCCGUAUCCAUUGAAGCAGAUGCUGUAAAUCCAGAGAACGUGACCCCUUCCCUUGAGGACAGUGUUCCUGUUGAGGCGGAUUUCCUUCUUGGCCUGGCCACUGUCCCUGGCUAUGUAUCCUUUCGGCAUGUGAAGGAGGGUAGCUGGUAUAUUCAAUCUCUGUAUAAUAAUCUGAAGGACUUGGUUCCAAGACGUGAAGAUAUCUUAUCCAUCCUCACUGCUGUCAAUGAUGAUGUGAGUCGACAGGUGGACAUUUACGGGAAAAAGAAACAGAUGCCCCAGCCUGCUUUCACACUACGUAAAAAGCUAGUGUUCCCUGUGCCACAGAAAGAGCUUUGAUUAGAUGAGAGAAUUUUCAUCAACUCUUAGACUUGAAAGGAACAUUUGGUCAUCUCCUCAGCCUCCCGCCCAACAUAGGAAUUGGUGACAAAUGGUGAGCUGGCCUGGCCUGUCAUUCUAGUAAUAGGAAAUGCUCUAUUUUCUUACACUGCUAAUUCUGGGCUUUCUUUUUCUUUUUGACGAGUCUAAAUGUUGGAAAAUUUUCCUUAUUGAAGCCUUGGAUCACGGUCUUGGCUUUAGUUGUCCACCCUGAGAAAAAGUAAUUGGCCUCGGUUUGUGCAUCUGUGAAGUAAAAGGUGGGACCAGGAACAUUUUAAGGUUCCUUUUAGCUCUGAGAACCACGGUUCUUAGCCUAGACUAAGCUCAGACGUCCUCACCAUGUGACCACCCCUGGUUAGAAUUCUGUAUCCCCUCAAUGUGGCCCUGUUUUGGACAUUGGAUGACGACAAGAUCAUGGUUCGCUGACCUCUCACUGCUCUCCGCUUCCCAAGGCUUCGCUUCUGCAUCUCUAUGAGGAGAAAGUUUGGUCCAUGCCAUGCCCAUUUCCUGCUUCCGUGUAAGGAAGGUGCUCCUGCAGGAACUGUGCUCUUGGGGUAAGAACAGGGUUGGCUCUAGGAAGAUGAUUGCUCAGUGUGAAGAGACACACUUUCAGCUACGCUGGGAGCAGAAACUUUACAAACUGAUGUCAAAUUCUUUGUUGGUCAGAACCUUUCAGCUGCCAGUGACAGGACACCCAACUCAAACCGGAUUAGAGCGAAGAAGGGAAGUUAUUGCCUCUUUCACCUAAAGAGACACGAAUGAGUAGCACUGGCUUCAGGUGAGGGUUGAAUCAGCACCCAAUCUGCAGUACAGCAUCUUUCUCUUGGCCAGGGGUCCUCAGGGUUGGCAGGUGCAGUGUGCUGACUGCAGUCAAGAGCCCCGCCUUGUCACUAACCUGCACUCUGCUCCUCUGGCUCAAAGGAUGGGGAGGGAGACAGCCCGAGCGACUGAAGCUGUUCAGGGAUUGCUGCCCCCUCCUUAGCCAGAGGGGUGUCUGGCUAUGCCUUGUGGAGGGGGUGGCUCUGCAUGGAAGGUUUUGAAUAUUUUUAUGUAUGUGAAAUUUUUUUUUCAAUUUCAAGAGAAAUUUUCCUUUUUGAAUUCCUGGAAGAAGGAAGAUUGAAAGCUUGGUGGUUUCCUCAUUUAUAGACGAGGAAGUGGAGGCCAAGGAGGCAAAGCGGUCUGCUGCGGUGCUCCAGCCAGCUAUUGUUUACAGGGUGUUAUUUCCCACCUAGGUGGACUGCAACGUCACGGCCUUGACCGGACUUGAUGAAUGUCUCCGUCGAUAUGCGGACCUCGCGAAAGAUGUCAGGGAAGGAAGGAAAAUAACUCUCAGUCAUGUCUGAUUUUGUAAUUAUUUCUGUGAAAGUCAAAUUAACUUAUGGUGAAUUUGGUAUGAGAACUGUGUUAUAAUGUAGCUGGUAAUUACGUGGAUUUGAAUGUAGCUUGACCGAGGAACAAAUCUAAUACACACGUCAGGAUGAUCUUCAAACCACUGUUCAUACAAGUCAAAGCUGACAGCUCGUGGUUACCAUCUUUGUCCAGCUGGACAUUCAGGCGUCCUUCUCUGCAGUGCAGGACGGUGGGGGACCCAGGAAAGAGCAAAGGGUCUCUAGAUGGAAGCCCUGGGCUUCUAUUUGGCCCUGUGACUCCCUUGCUCUGAGACACUAAACCAAGCUAGUUUUUUGAGCCAUAUCUAUAGAGAAAAUAUUGUCUGUUGGUAGUUUUAAGGAGAAUAUAUAUCCCUUCAAAUCUAAUUGUGAGGUGCACAGAAGGCCUUUAGGGGACCCAGUCUUCUGUUAGUACCCUAAAUGGAAAUAGCAGAAUUUAAGUUCCUUUGUAUCUAAUUCCGGCUGACUUUUAGCUGCAAAUCAACACUAGCAAUAGGCACUGACAUCCUCUGAGUGAAGAACUGGUUCUUCCCUCACGGGUCACAGUGUCCCGGCAGCAACAAAGCCAGCUCUUGCUUCUGAGUCCAGCUGGAAAAAACCCUGCUGAUGAACUUUCCUUCAUCAGACACAUUUGGGGGUUGCUGUUUAAGUCCUAGGCCUGUGUUCUGUUUCAUAUUUCCGUUUUGCUGGAACGUAGUGCUUGUUCAAGGUUACAUUCUAGAAUCAGGAAACUUCCCCUGAACUUCCUUCACAGAGGCCUCCAGCAAGCACUUUGAGCAUUUAUGCCUGCAAGUCAUGGAUCUGUGCAGAGGCCAGGAGUGCAGUUGUCUGUGGCUCAUUUCCCCUAAGUGGAGGGUGUACACACUUGUCCUUUGUAUUUAUGUGUGUGUUUGUGUGUGUGAGUGAGUGAACUUAGUGUCCAGAACAACAGGAGGUGAUCUGGUCACAGACAUUUUGCAGUGGCUACAGCAAUUGUCUGUCCGGACAUUUAUGAAAUGGGCAGGUUGAGUAAGAUUUCUGUGUGUUUUGCCUGGUUUUGCUCAACCUACAAGAGGCAUAGUUAUUUUUUUCCUUGUUUUCUUUCUUUCUCAAAAGUUUGUCUUCUCUCAAACAAAAUCAAGGACACAAAAACCUAUGGUAGAGUAUUAUGCAAACAAUAGUUAUUUAAUAAUGAUACUACUGGCGUUUGUUAUUAUUAGAGCUACUAGUCACCAGAGCAUCCUGUGCAGGUUUGACACCACAGGAAUUUCUCUUAGCAAUAUGGUAUAUUCUGCCAAGGCUCAGGUAAUUUAAACCUAUAAGCAACUGGUACAUUGUUGUCACUGACCACUCAGAAUAGCCACUGACCAGUAUACACGAUGGUGAAUGCUGCUGGAUGGCAGCCCUUUAUCAAUGAUCAAGUCUCCAGUGAGGUAAACCAAAUUAGAAAUUCACCUGAUUUUACGGAUAACUUGUGUGCCAUAUCCGAUUCACUAACUCUCCCAGGUCAGGUACUUUCUGAGUGAUCUGGUCAAGUUGUUCUUGACCUGGAAUUCUUGGGCCCUCAGGUAUUUGUGGAUUUAUUCUCAGGGUCUACGAGUCCUCCACCUUCAUUUUUAAAUGUUGUAAUUCCUUCUUGGCAAUGAUCUUUAAAAAUUAAUAGGAGUGCAUCCUGGCUCUUCUGGAUGACCACUUCAUAUCUGAGCACUGCCACACUUCUGUGCCCACAGAAAGUGGUGAGCAUUACACUGACCUUUUUAAUGUAGCAUGGGUUACAGUCCAUGGCUAGAGGGCCUCAGAUUUAUCAUCAGGUGCCAGUGGUUAAUCUAUUUGAAACCUGCUCCAGUCCAUCCUCUCACCCCACGACAGACUCCUGCUCCACCAUCCCUCACCUCUGCUUAGCCAUUCCAGCAGAGGGAACUCACACCACAUGCAGAGUCAUGGAUUUGGGAGUGUAGAAGAACCCCGGAGACCCUGUGAUCCAGCCUUCAGAAUGCUAAACAACUUAGCAAAGUCUCACAGCUGUUAGUGGAGGAUUUGCAAUCCUGUGUAUCUCCUGCUUUGCAAUCCUACAACCUGGUUUCGCUCUUGAACAGUUUCAAUUGUUCUUUUCUCUGUUGAACUUAAAUCUGCCUUUAUCCCAGGGAUGCAAGGAUGGUUCAACACCCACAAAUCAAUCAAUGUGAUACACCACAUUAACAAAAUGAAGAAUAAAAAUCACAUG